ACAAAAGAGAGUAGAGUUCAAUUUGGGACAUUCAUCAAAAUCACCUCCCUGAAAAUUUCUUUUGUUUGGAAGCAAAAAAAAAUGAGAUAGAGAAAAUUUUAGCAAAAGAGUGUGAGAUUUCGUAAUUAAUUCUCUCUAAUUCCCCAGGUGAUUGGUAAUUCCUUUUAUGUGAUAAUUUUGCCCACCGUUUGUACAAGAAUUUGAGAAAAUCCCAAAGCAAUACUCGCAAUGGCCGAUAAGUUGUGUGACAUCAGUCCAGAAGUACGGGAGGAGUUGAAGAAGUUCCGUUUCCGCAAGAGUACCAACAAUUCAGCACUUGUCUUGAAAAUUGACCGGGAGAAGCAGCUGGUGGUGCUGGAUGAGUUCUUUGAUGAUGUCUCAGUGGAGGAAUUGCAGGAACAAUUGCCUGGGCAUCAGCCACGCUAUGUGAUUCUGAGUUACCGGAUGCAGCACGACGACCAGAGGGUCUCCUACCCAAUGUGCUUCAUCUUCUACACACCACGGGAUAGUCAGAUGGAGCUCCAGAUGAUGUAUGCUGGUACCAAGAUGGCCCUGCAGCGGGAGGCUGAACUCACGCGGGUGUACGAGGUGCGGGAAUUGGAUGACUUCACCGAAGAGUGGCUGCGGGAGAAGCUAAAGUGAAGAUGCGAUGAUGCGAAAAGAAGACAAAAACCCUAAAACAUUGCCAAAUGCCCUCUGUAUUCCGGGGGCCCCACCCACUGGAGUCCCCAUUUUGUGUAAGAAGUCUCAUUGUCAGAGACAUUUUUUCCCAUUAAAGGCCUCAUUAGACCGGAAAA